CAUUCGCCCAAAACAACUCGUACAAUAAACAAAUACAACAAAUCCCUCUCUCCAGUAAGACAUACAAUUUUAUAAACAUAUAUAUAUAUUUUUUUUUUGUUUGACUAAAACAAAAAAAAAAAAACAAAUACGCUUCCAACAACAACAUGAAGCUGCGCAGCGGUCUAGUCUUGACAUCUGCAGAGCGACGUAAUCCGAUGCGGGGCGUCAAGAAGCCGAACGCCAACACAAUUACGGCAAAACAGGUGAAAUCCCUGAUCACGUACACCGACAAUCUGGAGGAUAUACUGUGCGAGGCGGGGACCAGUCGACCCAGUCGGCCGAGCCGGGCCAGCCGCAGCCUCAAGGCCAGGCAAGCCGCGUCGGCUGCCAGAGGUGCCGCCAAAUUGGGUCAACCACGGCGCUCGGGGCGAAUCGCUGAGCUCCGCACACAGCUGGGUGAGAUGGGCAAUCUCUGCGAUUUUCGAGUCGUCAAUGUGGGCCAGCAGGUCGAUAUCGGCCCGCUGAUCGAUAUGGGUCAGAUUGUUGAGGUGCAGCUAGCCCAGGCUGCCGGAACGGAUUACGAUUCAAUGCCGGAGGCGGAACACCAAGCAGCCGAGAUGGACGUUCCAGGCAGUCAGCUGGUCAGGGGAGCCGCAACAGGUACUAGAGUCGUUCAAUACAUAGAAAUCCUUGACGUCAUUACAAUCGUUGGAGCCACUCCAGGCUUGACGGAUGCCGAGCUCGUUGGACGAACUGCAGCCACAUUGGGCGCACUUAACGCCGUGGACAGCCAGGCAACGCCGGUCGCCGACUCCGCCGAGGAUGCCGAUGGCGAUCUGAGCGAUUUGGAAACCGAAAUGUCGUCAACGGAGGAAGACGAGCAGAAGACCAAGACAGAGGCUGGCCAGGCACGCACACAAGAGGGCUGUCGCCGGAGAUUCUGGACGAAUGUCAAGAGCGCCCUGAUGCGGUGGGUGAGCUUUGCCUGAACCUGCGGCUGGACGAGCAUUUAAUGCAAAAGCACUCGCCCGAUGGUUUACAUGUGUGUAUAUAUAUUUUUAUAGUUCUUGAUGCAUUUGGUGUACUGCUUGGAUUAGUUCUUCAAGCGUGAAGUUGCCUGCAACUCCCCAAAAUAGUUCCUCUAAACAUUUAUUGGCGUUAGAUAUUAGUUCAGCGAGCAGGUUCUCAAGAAUUCGCCUUCAUGACGGGCGAUAAAUACAACCAAAAAAAAAAAUUCAAAAUUUCUCCCAAGUUCCUAUUUUCCCAUUUUGUUCCAACAAAUUAUAUUUCGACUGGUAUUUACCUACAGCAGCGUACGUGCCUUAUUGUAAUUUACCAAAAUGAAAAAAAAAA